AGCUAUUAGUUAGCUAUGCGGAAAAGACAGCGCCGCUUGCGAUGACGUCAUAUACACGCGACACUCGCUCAUCCGUCACGUGAGACGGGAGUUGCAGGAAAACAACAGUAAAACUUCUCCACAAAAUGACCACGGCUUUGACCCAGGGUUUGGAGAGAAUACCCGAUCAAACUGGGUAUUUGGUUAUUAGUGAAGACGGUGUACUUGCGUCAGCAGGAGAGCUGGAGAAUGAUGAACACACAGCAGGAGUGAUCAUGCAGAUGGUGAGAACAGCUUGUCGGUUUAGGUUACAUGGGACAGCAGAGCCUCCUUUCAAACGGAUGUCAGUGAUGUUUGAAGACUACGUUUACGCUGUGACCAUCUCCGGGCAGAAAGUAUUUGUUGUCAAGAGGCAGAACAACCAACGAGAACCUGUUACUGUCGAGAGGAAAAUAUGAACUGGCAUGCACAUACACACUCUUUUUCAAGCGUGAAAUAGCGCCCUCAUAUGGAAACAACCCAGCCAUUACAACUAUUUGCCAUUCAGCACAAACAUACUCAAUUACUUGUAUGAAAACCCUAUUACACAGAUAUGGGACCUUGGCAAUAACGGGUGUAUUUGGCCUGAGGCCUAGUAAUCUUAUGUGUUAUUAAUGUACAAUGUCACAGAUGGUGGUCACAGGUUGGAUGUGUUGUCUUUUUGACACAUGAUAAGAUACUGUCUAAAAUGAAGCCCCAUCUACUUGUUUUUUGUAAUUGGUGUGUAUUAACAUUUUAAAGUAUGUAAUUUAAUAACCAUCAGCUUCUUGUGACUCUAUAGGCAGGUUUAAGGAAGGACCUGAUCAUUCUGAUUUCUUAUUGUUUAUGCAUAAUGAAUGCUCAUAAAAGCAGUUUACCAUUGAGAUCGUUACACUGCAAAGGUGUUAUUGAUUGUAAUGUGUCAUGUGUAAGGUGUGAGAUGUUGUAAUGAACAAGAAACAACAGAGGAUUUAUGGGUGUUAUAAAAUAUGGUUUCACUUGAAUCUUUAGUAUAAAGCAGAACCUUAAAUGCCAUUCAUGAUUUCUUUUUUAAAUGUGAUUAAUCUACAGGUUUUAAAUCACCUUCCAGUAGUUGCAUUAACAAUACAUUAAAUAAAAUACUACGCAUAA